CCUAUACAGAACAGUUUCACGGUACAAUAUGUUUCACAUGCUGGCUCCUGAAAACACUUUUUAGGCCGCUUGCUACCAGGAUCAAGAGGUUUGUCUCUCUGAAAGAACUGAACUGGGAUUUGAUCUUGUUCAUCUUCUCGACCUCCCUGGCCAGGAUUGGAAAUGGAGUCUAUUGAGAAAGCAAGAAAUAACCACCAUAGAAUGGAGCAGAUGCGAAAAGGAGAAACGUCACAGUUGAUUCCAAGACUUAAUCGUGAAGGGUUCUCAAAAGAGGAUGAAGAUUUUCUUUCUGAACUGAAUCCAGAGGAGAAAGAAUGUCUGGAGUUCUUGAUUCAGACAAUCAACAAUUUGGAUAAGGAAAUCUCAGAAGAUGAUGAGUGGAAUCAUGAGAAAACGGAAGGAUCUCUAGGUUCUCAGGACCAGCAUCACGUCAUCUGCAGCAUGCAGCAACAAAGUAAAUUUGAGGAAGAUGCCCCGGUGAAAAAUGGUCCCCGCCCAGCAGUUGCUAAAAGUAAAAUGAUCAAGUCCCGUUCAGAGGAGUCUGAUGAAGUCACUUUGAGGAGAUGGUCUGAUUUUUAUCUUCCUCGAGCCAAACUUCCUCCUAAAUCAGCCAACUCUCACCCCACCCACUCAAAGAAGUUUGACACCAUACUGAAGUCAGGAGUCAACGUUCAGGAACUCCGCUUACGUUUCCUGCACCACCUAGACAAUUCUGCUCCUGCCAAGCAACCGGCAAAGGAUACCGUGAGACUUUUAUCCAAUGCUCAAAGAUCUACGCGGGAUGAAGCAAUGCAGAAGCUGGGCUUUCUUCAGAGAGACAAAGCUUUUCUGAACACACGUCAACACAUCCCAUGUGCUGAAAGGCCAGACAAAGAGGCAACUGCAGGUUCCACCCACACACUUAAGCAGUAUCCAUAAUCGUUGCUCCCAUCCAGGAAGAGAUGCUUUCUUAAAUCAGCUGAAAGCCAAGCAAGAACAUCUCUUCUGAUAUGGUAUUGAACAAAACAAUCUUUUUUGUUGGAUUAUCUUCUGCAAAAUGCUAGUAGACCAGAAUAUGGAACCUGUUACUGUUUGUGGCAAUGUAUUUAACAGCAUUUCUUGUAUUAUUGUUGUUUUUUGCACAGAGCAUCUCAUUGUUGGUACAAUUGUUAGUUGAGAUACAUCAUGUUGACUUUUAAUUUAAUUUUUAAACCUUUUAAUGUUGCUUCCUUAACCCCCUGGAGCAAUCAAAGAGAUAUUUUGUGAAAACGGAGGCCUGUUUCCUUCCUUCAGACUCAACCUAAUACCUUUACUUAUAAAAUGAAAGCAAAUGCACUCAAGGUCACAAGGUGCUUUUGGUCUUAGCUUUUACUAGGCAGUCUCCUGGUCUUCUUCCUUGAGUUAUAUACAGGAUAAAAACAAAAUUGUUUUCUAGUCAGCACUUCCUAUGUUUUGCUAGCACAACUUCCAACAUUUUCAUUUCUACAGAUCAUGGGAGGGGAACCCAGAGCAAUGCAUUGCUUAGAUCCAGUAAUGGGCUUCAAUUUUGACUGCUACCGGUUUGCUCAUGGCCAGAAGCUUCUGCGCAUGCGCAGAGACGUCCGGGCGGGUGGGUAGAGCCGCCCACCACCGCCGUUACCGGUUUGCCCAAUCUGGGGCGAACAGGUAGCAACCCACCACUGCUAAGAUCCCUUUCAAGAGCAGGUCUCUUUUGAAUAUUAUGUUUGGCUUGUGAGAGUCUCUGGCACAAAUUGGAACAUAAGUAUCCCUCUGCAGCAGAAACCGGGAGGAAUAUCUGCCUAUCUAUAUUUUUUAAAUUCUACAAAAUACCCAAAAGGGAACUUCAAUCAAAAAACAUAGACCUAUACGAAAGGCAUCGCCUACUAAUUUUGUGUUAAUAUUAGCAUCCCUUUUGGAAAUGUUCUACAAGGAAAACUCUAUUAAAUGUUGAUUACUUUUCAGGUUUCUGAACAAUAA